CGACUACUAGUCUGUUCUGAUUUGUUACAGCAGGGACUGAAGCUGUAUUUCUGACGUGAUCCAUAAAACGUUAUAUGCCUGUGAAGAUAUUUUUUUUCGAGGGAAUCAAAAACAACAUUGCAUAGAUAUUAUUAGCCAGGAAUUUGCUGGGCCUUCUCCAUGUUUACCAGGUUUUAGAGAUGCUAAGAUUCUUGCAGUUCACCUCAUCAUUAGAUAAUUACUUUUUUUUAUAAUAUUGAUCAGAUAGAUAGAUAUCUGUGAUCUACGCCCCAGAUUAUCUGUAAGGUUAUCAGUGGCGAUAUGCGAGUUUCCUGGCCAAGCACUUCCUUUCCUUUCACAAACGAAUUGUUUACAUAGUCGGCAGGUGUCAAGCGACAAGUUUAUCAGGCCGAUACGAGGUAUCAGCGUGGGAGAUGCCGUGGCGAUAACAUUAGAACAAGUCGUACGUCGUUUUGUGGAUAUAGUAUCCAGCUGAGGGUUUCAGUAUGGCGGCUCGCCUCAGCAAAGGAAGUUCUGUCAGCGACGAAGAGUUCUACGACAGCGUUGACUUCAUUCCGGAGACUCGCAUACGAACCGAAGCGCACGGGCCAGGGGACGUUGUCGACGAACUGGAUAACGCGGUGUUCCUGGGAGGGGAAGGAGCGAGCACAGAGAAAGGGACCGAAGAGGUCGUGGACUGCGCCAUGCACCCCGCGACCGACGCAGGUAGGGUCGCCACAGAAAACGACGGAUUGGAUGCCGGCAAGGCAACCGGGCAACCGGAGAACACAAAUCUGGCGCUAGAAACGAAGAACAAUAAUAAGAAUAAAGAUAUAAAAGAAAAGAAGAAAAAGAAGAAAGGGAACGCCCAAGAAGGGCCGAAUAAUUCCAAUAACAAUGCGGAAGAAAACUCGGCUGCCUCCGAAACCUUAGCCACGGCUUCAGCUUCGAACCCAACUUCACAUCCUCCAACGAAGAAAAUGACUAAGAAAAAUUCGAUGCUGAAGUGGUCGGCGGCGGCGCGGGAGGUCAUAAACACUGCAAUGUCACAGGACGACGCUGACCACAACAGGAGGUCGUCGAGCGGGUCAAGCACAUCAAGCGUGGAGAGGAAGAUAUCAGGCUCAGCCAUCCUCGAGGACAUCGCACAGGGCAACUUUGCAAGUUGGGACGCCGAGACUUGCGUGGCACUUCUGCGCAUGCCCACCGUGUCCAACUACUCCGGCCUCAAGAAGCUCAUGGAAGUGGCGGGCGAGGACUGGCUGGAGGACUUCCUCAACCUGGACGGCCUCGGGGUCCUGUUCGAGUCUUUGGAGAGGCUUAGCGACCGCGGGUUCAGCUCCAUCGCCGACGCCAUCCUCCAACUGGAGUGCGUGCUGUGCGUUAAGACUGUGAUGAACUCCACCUCGGGCCUCGAGUACAUCAUCAACAACGACGACUACACCAGGAAACUCGCCAAGUCGCUGGACUCUAGAAAUAUGCUAGUCAAGAAACAGGUGUUCGAACUGCUCUCCGCGCUCUCCGUCUACAGCGAGAAAGGGCACGCACUUGCUCUCGACGCCCUAAACAACUAUAAGGUGUUCAAAAACCAGCGCUACAGAUUCCGUCUGGUGGUGGAGGAGCUGGCUAGUGCUGAGGUGAUGGACUAUCAGGCGACGCUCCUCGCCUUCGUCAACUGCAUCGUGUUAGGCGUCGGCAGCUUACAGGGCCGUGUCGCCAUCAGGAAUGAGUUCAUCGGCUUGGACUUCCUGAAGGUCCUAGAAGACAUCAAGCGAAUAGACGACGAGCAGCUGAGCAUCCAGGUGGCGGCCUUCGAGGACAACCACCUUGAGGACCUCGAGCUGCUCUACGGCCCCGAAGGCCAGCUCAGCCUCAACCACCAUGAUGCGUUUAACAACCUCUUCACCAAGGUCCGCGACUCGCCACACUCGUUACACUUGCUCUCCCUCCUUCACAACCUCCUGCAGCUGGACCCGGAGGAUGAAAGCAGCGAUGCUGUCUGGGCACUGCUGGACCGCGUUGGCGUCCGGGCAGUGGAUGGCACCCUGACGCCCACAUGGGCGGAGAGUGUGGCACCUUCCCACGACUUCACCAGAAGUGUUGGCACCCAGACCAUCAAACGGCGCCUUUUUCCGAUCUGCGGACGACAGGAACGUUCCAGAAGGAUUUGAGGAGCGCCCUUUCCCGUCCUCCAGCCUCCCACCCGCGCCCGACCACCCGCCGCCCGCACCCCCGUCGGCGUGCACGUCCACAGAUGGCUCUCCCAAGGCAGUAGAGCCCACGGACGCCGCCUGCAUAGAGUCCCCAAGUGAGAGGAGAGACGUGGAGGCGCUGGAGGCCGACAGUGUCUCAAACCGAGCCCCUCCUGCCCCACCUCCCCCGCCGCCUCCCCCGCCACUUCCUUCUGGCAUUGGGGGUCCUCUGUCUCCUCCUCCUCCUCCUCCACCUCCACCCCCUCCACCUCUCCC